GGCAGCGUUGCCAGAUCGCCGCCAAGUGGGCUCGCCCCGCUCACACAGUGUAGUGUGUGACUUUCAUUCAUAGGACGGAGACAAUGGACGACAGCAACAAGUUUGCCAAACUACAUCAGCAGUUUCUCUGCUGUUAUCCGAUUAACAAAAUGGCCUGGUCGACACUGAAACUGCCUAUGGAGCUGGAGGAACAACGUGCUCUCAUUGCGGCGACCUGCGGACACGAGUUGAACCAGUUCUUCCCGGUGCGGCGCAGCUACCAGGAGGCGUUUGUGAAGCGGCUGCUGCAGCUGCUCAAGGAUCACGAGGAUUUGCACGACGAUAUCUUCGACAGUAUGUGCGGUCAGCUGGCGAAAGCGAGUCUAGACGAUGCUGCCAGCGAUGCCACUUCCAGUUCAACGACCACCUCCAGCUAUGCCUACAAACAUUAUGUGCUGCAGCCGGGACAACACAUCACGCUGCGGGAAUCCAAUAGCUUUGUCAGCGAAGGCACCACAGGGCUCUGCACCUGGGAGGCAGCUUUAGCUCUCGCCGAUUAUCUGCUGCAACAUGCCAAUCUGUUGGCAGGCAAACACGUGCUGGAGUUGGGCGCUGGCGCCGGAUUGUUGGGCAUACUGCUGAAGCAUCGCUCGCUGCAACUCCAGGUGGGUCAAGUGCUGCUCACCGAUGGCAGCGCUCCUUGCGUCCAGUUGAUGCGCCACAACAUUGCCUUAAAUUUCAAGGAUCUGGACGAUGUGGUCGCAACGCCACAGUGCGCUGAACUGCGCUGGAAUCGCGUGGCACAGUUUGAGUGGUCCAAGUAUGCGAUACCCGAUCUUCUGCUGGCCGCCGAUGUCGUCUACGAUGAGACGCAGUUCGAGUGGCUGCUGCAGGCGCUGGAUUACAUCUUUGAUCUGGCCCAGAAUCGCUGUCAAAUGCUGUUGGCCAGCACAGUGCGCAACGUGGACACGCUGCACAAGUUCAUGGUGAAGCUGGAGGAGCAUCAUUAUCAGGUGACGCCGUGCGCCAAUGUGUCGGCUUGUGCUAGCCACUUUUGUCGGGAUCACACGGCUGCUGUGCAAAUCGUGUGCAUUAAACGUUAGCCAACUAAUACACGCAAACCUCGCUUAGCGGCCA